GCCAACGUGAAGUGAGGCUGGUCGGUCGGCCCGCUCCGUGGCACAAGAGGUGGCGGACAACGAGCGGCGUCAUGGGUAGCACCAGUUCCUCCUUUCUCACGAAUGAGGAGGUUGAUAUGUACGCCGAGCUGACCUACCUGAAGAAAAGGGAAGUGAUCAGGGCGUCGUCUCUGUUCCGUCACAUGGACCCGACAUCAGUCGACACGGACCGUCGGAUUCGACUCCCCAGCCAGCUCAUCAGAGAGCGCGUGCCGGAGCUACAGUGCAACCCUUUCGGCGAGAGGAUCUUGGAGAUGUUCUCUUCGGAGGGUGACGACUGUCUCAGCUUCGAGGACUUCCUGGACAUGCUGUCGGUGUUCAGCCGCUCGGCCCCAGACGAGCUGAAGAGCAGCUACGCCUUCCGCCUAUAUGACUUCGACGGCGAUUCCGUGCUGGACAGGUCCGAUCUAAGUUACGUGCUCGACCGGCUGACACGCACCCAGACGUCCAGCAUGGCCAGCAGCGAGAAGGCCGCCGUCAUCGAUAAGAUUCUAGAAGAGUCCGACAUCGACAGAAACGGCACGAUCAGCGCUCAGGAGUUCCAACAUGUGGUCACCCGCUGUCCAGAAUUCGCGCAGGCGUUCUCCUUCGAGAUAAUCUGAGCACUAAGCGCGCACACUGGUGAUCACGGCAAGCCCUUCACAUAACUUGAGGUAUCAGAGCGCAGAUGAAAGCCUGUCAACUACGUGGGACUGUAUCGUUGUGGCUGCGUUAUGAUGUCCAAGCACGAAGCUAAAGUCAUCCGUUAUGCUUUCAUUGUCCAAGUUCAUACUAAAAAUGGGGGAGCAUUAUGCUUUUGGGAACAUUUUGACUUCCUCAAGCAGAAGCUGUAUGCCUCGCAGGAUCACCAUUUUUGUUAUGUGCGACGGCGGAUAAACUAUGGACAAGUUGCUUGUGUGGCAUGCCACUUUGUCCUCUUCAUAUGAAGAAAAUCGCGUCAUUUAAUGAGCACGUGGUUUGUGAUGAUAUCUCAAGACGUGUGCAAGAAAAUUACGGUGUUUCCAAAGCUGUUGUUGCCCGCCUCUUUCAAGACAUUGGGUUGGCCCGAACAAGUGCUGCCAUAUCGCAAAGAAUGAAGAAACUAGAGAGCAUGUUAAGUAUGCCAGAAAGUUGGCUGAAAACCAGUGAAAAUGACACAAGGACAAAGGAGAAAGCUAGUGAAGGCUGCUAAUGGCAAUGUUGGCAUAUCACGGCGGCUGAAAGUAAAACGUCUUCCCAAAUCGCAGCCAUAAGUCAAGAAAAUAACAAAGGAACUAAAGAACAAAAAAAAAAACAACUAAAGAACCAAAAAGGUACUAAGGAACUGAAGAACAGAAAGCGAGCAAAGGCACUGAAGGUCUCUGGACAUCAAAGAAGGUUUCAAAAGGCUGACGUCUGUGGCUUGUGCCGAAGGCCGGUGUUCAGCAGACAGGCCACGGACGUCGUAGUGGACGGCGAGUCCUACUACACCUAUACUGGUAUUGAAGCGCCGCGAAAUUCAGGCUCUCACACACUCGCUUGACGAGAUGUCCUUCCUGAUAUAAGAUUCAAGGGAGGAGACAAACGCAUGUAAGACGCUGGAGCUGUUUAAAGACACUAGCGUGCAGUUUGUACCUUAAGUGAUAAACCCAUCCCUCACUCCCCCGCCCCCAUCAGCAGAGGACACGUGGGGUCUGAUCAAGCAGGCACUGUAUGCGGCAGGCAAGCAAGCACGAUCGGACAAACAUCUGAUGGUCCGGAUCCGCACAAAUCAUCCGCGAUCAUAGCCCGGAGGUGCCGCUCAAGAUCAGGUAGGAGGUGGUCGCGCACGUGCACCUCGGGAGGUAGCGCCGCAGCUCCGUAGCAUUGAUCUGAUCGUGAUUUACCUAACACACAGCUUGUUUGUUUUUGGUGAUUUUUGUUUCUGUGCCACGCAAAAGUUGCCGCCCACAAAUAUUUAAACACUGUCCGAAAACAUAGCACUUAUCCGUUUUCAGUCGGGUGAAACUAGUGUCAUAUGAAACCCGUGCGCAAUGUGUACCAUAGAGCCGGGUUGCCGCGAGUACUAUAUUAAGAACAUUUUCACGUGCUGCAUUUUUAGGGGCGGGGGUUUGAUGUUUUUAUGCGGCGUGCCCCUGACGAAUAAGCUGCUUAGAAUGUCAACGAACUGCCCGUUUGCGGUCCGCGCGGCUAGGAUCCGUGCUUCGGUGUCGUCACGGCAUGCUACGUGCCUCGGCGUCGGCGUACGUUUGUGCCGUCACGACAUGCAUAGUAGCAACGUUCGAUUGUUAAAUCCAGAGAGUGAAAUCCAGUGUCGUUUUUAUUGUUUCGCACGUGUCGUUUAGAUGCAUGAUAAUAACUGGUCACAAGGUUUCACAUGUCGAAGACUGACGUAUAGUAAAUGUCUACACUCUUACCCAUAUAUAUUUGCAUGUGUGUUGGUGCGUGAUACCUUUGUUAUAUAAAUAUGAAAGUCUCGAU